AUGAUCAACAAAUACGCAUUUGAGGCACUUGAUAGGACUCUCAGAGAUAUAAUGUCUGCCAAGGUUCCUAAUAGCAUGAAUAAACCAUUCGGUGGAAAAACUAUUGUUUUGGGCGGUGACUUUAGACAGAUACUGCCUGUAAUUCCAAAGGGUUCUCGUGCAGAGAUUGUCAUGUCAACAAUAAAUUCGUCCAGGCUAUGGAGUUGUUGUAAGGUACUUACCUUAUCAGAAAACACGAGGUUGUUGUGCAAUUCUUCUGAACUGGAGGCUAAUGAAGUUGGCAUGUUUGCAAAAUGGGUCCUUGAUCUUGGAGAUGGGAAAUUAGGUGAAUAUAAUGAUGGUGACUCAGAUAUUGCUAUUCCUGAUGAGCUUUUGAUCCCGCGCUCAAACAGUCCUAUUAAUGAUAUUGUUGAUUAUGUUUACCCCGACAUUCUUCAGGAUGUUACUAAUGCUGAAUAUUACAGUAAUAAAGCGAUACUUAUUCCAACAUUAGAGGUUGUUGAUUCAAUAAAUCAACACGUGUUGUCUAUGUUUCCAAGAGAAGAAAGAACUUACUUAAGCAGUGAUAGUAUCUGGAAGGUGGAUGAACAAGUUGGAAUAUUAGCUGAUUGGAUUACCACUGAAUUCUUGAAUGAUAUCAAAUGCUCUGGUCUCCCUGAUCAUAAGUUGUUGGUGAAAGUAGGAGCUCCUGCUAUGUUAAUGCGAAAUCUUGAUAUAUCUGCAGGAUUAUGCAAUGGUACUAGGCUCAUUGUGAAACAUGUUUGUCCAAAUGUUAUCGGUGCUAUCGUCAUCACUGGGACACACAUUGGAACAAAGGUUUUUAUACCGAGGAUGAAUUUAAUUCCUACAGAUCCAACCAUGCCAAUCAAGUUCAUGCGAAGACAAUUUCCUCUUUGUCUUUCCUAUGCUAUGACUAUAAAUAAAAGCCAGGGUCAAAGCUGA